AUUAUAAUGGUAAUUUAUGCAUCACCUCCAGGAGACCCAAAAUCGAUGCGCCGUCUUGCUUAUUGUUCCUUGGCAGGAAAGAUCAAACAGCUUGGAAGCAAUGUACAACUACUAACAUUUGAAUCAAUUUUGUUGUUUUCAAGACAUGAAACUCUUUGUGUUAUCCCCCAAAUCACUAAACCAUCUCUACAUUCGAACUAACACUUCAAUCUCACAUCAUCAAUCUCGUUACUCCACUACUUGUUCUAUCUCAGACAACAUUCUCAACUUAAUCUCAACCGUUAAUCCCAUGGAACAAGCCCUUGAAAAGGUUGUCCCAUUUCUCAACCACGAUGUCAUUUCUUCUGUUCUUGAAAAUAACACUGACCCACGUCUAACUUUUCGUUUCUUUAUCUGGGCUUGUCGUAGAAAACAGUUUUGUAGAUUGAAUUCACAUAAUUUUGUUGUUGGUAUGCUUGUUAAUAAUGCUAAUGCUUUUGAUUUGUAUUGGAAGGUUUUAGAAGAAUUGAAUAGUUGUAAUGUGUUGAUUCAUUCUAGUGCAUUUACUGUUUUGAUUGAUGGGUAUUGGAAAGUGGGAAAGGCUGAUAUGGCUGUUGAAGCUUUUGGGAGGAUGAAUGAUUUUGGGGUUAAGCCUGAUUUGUUUACUUAUAAUAUGCUUUUGCAUAUUUUGGUUAAGAAAGAUGUCAUCUUGUUGGGUUUGGCUGUUUAUAAUAUGAUGUUGAAGUCGAAUAUUGAUCCCAAUUGUUCGACCUUUAGUAUUUUGAUUGAUGGGCUGUGUAAAAGUGGGAGCACCAAGGAGGCUCUGAAGUUGUUUGAUGAAAUGACCGAGAGAGGGAUUGUGCCGGAUGAGAUUACACAUACUGUUAUUAUUUCGGGGUUGUGUUUAGCGGGUAGGGCUGACGAUGGGUUGAGGUUGUUUAAUACAAUGAAGGUUAGUGGGUGUGUUCCGGUUAGUGCUACGUAUAAUACGUUGCUUAAUGGGUUUUGUAAGUUAGGGAGGAUUGAUGAGGCAGUUUUGCUUUUGGAGGGUUUUUUUAAGGAGGGGUAUGUUCUUGAUCUGAAUGGGUAUAGUUGUUUGAUUGAUGGUUUGGUUAGGGCGAGGAGGUAUAAGGAAGCUUGUGGUUUGUUUUUAAAUGUUCUUAGAGUUAAUAUUGAGCCUGAUGUUGUGUUGUAUACAAUUAUGAUUCGGGGGUUAUGUGAAGAGGGAAGAGUAAUGGAAGCAAUGGCAUUGGUAGAGAAAAUGAGAGAGAGGGGGGUGACACCUGGUGUGCAGUGUUAUAAUGCUCUGAUUAAAGGGCUAUGUGGUAAGAAUUUAAUGGAUGAGGCAAGAUCCCUUCUGGAUGAUGUUUACAUGGUCGAUCAAUUUCCAGACACUCACACUUGUACCAUUUUGAUAUGUGGAAUGUGUAGAAAUAGUCUGGUAAAGGAAGCAUAUGAUCUUUACGAGAGCAUGGAAAUACGUGGAUGCUAUCCUUCUCUUGUGACCUUCAAUGCCCUUAUCGAUGGACUAUGUAAAGCUGGCGAGCUUGAAAAAGCUCAGCUAUUAUUUUACAAGAUGGAGAUUGGGAGAAAUCCUUCGUUGUUUCUUCGGCUUUCUCAAGGUGCGAAUCAGAUUCCUGAUAGUGAAAGCCUCCAGGAAUUAGUUUCUAAAUUGUGUGAGGUGGGAAAAGUUCAUAAAGCUUACAAGCUACUUAUGAAGCUUUCUGAUAGUGGGGUACUGCCAGAUAUUGUGACUUAUAACAUAUUGAUUAACGGAUUUUGCAAGACGAAAAACAUUAAUAGUGCUCUGAAACUCUUCAAGGAGCUCCAAUUUAAGGGGCAUUCACCGGAUACAGUUACAUAUGGAACACUCAUCGAUGGACUCCAAAGGGUUGACCGAGAAAAAGACUCCUUUGCUCUCGUUGAUUUAAUGACUAGCAAUGGGUGUGCUCCUAACGCAUCAGUUUACAAGACUCUCAUGACAUGGUCUUUUCGAAGGAGAAAAUUUUAUUUAGCCUUUACUUUUUGGUUCAGGUAUUUAAAGAGCCUUUAUGGUCAGGAAGAAGAAAUUGCUUCGAUUGAAGUAAUGUUCAGUAAUGGAAAUUUUGAGGAGGCAGUUCGGAGUUUACUUAAAAUAGAAUUUAAGUCAAGGGAAUUUGAUUCUGCAUUUUAUACAAUAUUUCUAAUUGGAUUAUGUCAGUGGCAGAAAGCUGAGGACGCUUUAAAAAUAUUCUCUAUUCUCGUUGAGCAUGGGGUCAAUUUGACUCCUGCAAGUUGUGUGAUGUUAAUCAAUAGUCUUUGCAAAGAAGGGAUGUUAGAUCAGGCAGUAAACAUCUUUGUCUAUAGCAUGGAGAAAGGUUUUAUGUUAGGUUCUUGGAUUUGCAGCAAGCUUAUAAGGUCUCUUCUUAAAUUGGACGGCAAAAGAGAGCAUGCAUUUGAUCUUGUGGGAAGAAUGAAGUGCGUGGGAUAUGAUUUAGAUACCCAUCUUACUCGAAAUACAAAAGGGUUCUUACUUAGAAUUUCUUACAUGCAGCAAAACGAGACAGUAAUUGAUGCAUGUACAGUUAGAUAGCGUUAGUUUCAUGAGGAAGAGUUGAUUAGGCCAGUAAAUCUACCUGAUAAAAGGUGUCUUCAUUCAUCUUUUUCAGUUUGUGACCCCUAAUAUCCAUAUGUCCUGAAUUCAUCAAGUGGGGUACAGCUCCUGCCAUGAGUACUUUUUGUAAUGUGUUUGGAUUCUGAGCAGGGAAUAAGAUGAUUGAUUUUGGAAGGAAAGAUGUGGAAAAAGUGAAAGAGGAUGAUCUAAGAGAGUAUCAUCAAGAACUAGGUUUUUGCUUGAGUAAUGACGACUAUAAUUUGAUUUAAAACUUUCUGGAAUGGAGUCAGUGCUAGUGGUGCUGCAGUGACUGUGGAUAUCACGGUAGCUAUAGGGAAGGGGCAUGAUCUUUCUGCAAGAGCAAAGGCAUGUACUUGGAAACUAUAUCAUUGUUCAGAAAUGUUUACCAGAAAAAUAGAAUUGUACUGGCAGGAUAAACCGGAAAACACGUAGAAUAGUAAGCUGAUUCUCCUAUUCUUGGUCAAAGUGGGUAAAUUCUGAGGCAUGCAGGUAUGUAUCUAGAGGACCUGAUCAGUUAUCAAUUAUAGGACUGUAAACAACCAAGCUAUGCAUGAACAAGCUCGAGCUCGGCUCUUUUAAAAUUUGAUUUCAAAAUCUAUGAAUAUGUUUCUGAUUAAUAAACAAGCUUGAUCCAAGCUUCAUACUUGUUAGGCUCGUGUUCCUCGGGCUCGUUCAACUCGGUUCGGUUUGUUUAAAUUCGAUUAAACUAUAUAUCUUAUAAUAAUAAUUAUAUUAUUUUUCGAAUAUAUGUAUAUAUUUAUAAAAGUAUAAUUGUUCGUGAACUGCAUCACUCGGCUCAGAGUUCAGCCCGACUUUAGUUCACAGUUCGACUCAAGUUUGCUAAAAGUCAAAGUUCAGCUAAACCACACCUAGCUGCAUAACUUUUAGAAUUGUUGCCUUGUAAUCUUGUAAACUGUUUCCUGCUGUG